UUUUGGCAUUUCAUAACAAAAACACUAUUAUUUAUCAAUCACUUCAUCUGAUCCCAAGAUAUGGCUCAAGAAGUAAAACACUUGAAGACAGAACUCGAGACCACAGAUGACGGCGAAGAUGUAGACGAAGACAAUCGACAGCCGCAGAUUUACGCGAAGAACUCAAUGGACAGAUUCGGUGAUGAUUUGUCUCAACUAUUAUUGUCUUAUCUAUCACUCGAAGACAGGUUUCAAUGCGAAUGUGUGUCCAAACAGUUUCAGAGGACAGUCUUCGUGAGUGUUGUGGACAUCACUCUUAGCGACCGAUUUAUACAGCGAUUACUUAAUGAGAAAAGAAGUGAUACCGAAAUGUUGGCCACAUUUGCCAUAAAGUGUUCGAAUAUUCAGACCAUAGACUGUCGAGGAAUAACCAAAGACUACGAGAAACGCGUUCCCGAAGUGUUGGGUUUAUUGAGAGACUAUUGCCGUCGUUUACGAGACAUUUACUGCGAUUGGAGUUAUGAAAUGUUGGCCACAUUUGGACCACUGGUCACACAAAUCGAUGCCAUAAUCUGCUUUAACGGCAGCAAAGCGUUCAAUUAUUGCCACCGAUUGUCACAAUUGCGGAUCCAUUCGUUUAAUGACAUCUUUGACAUACGUAACGACAGAUCGCGUGUCAAAAAUAUACGCAAAUUUGAGUUAAUAUCGCAUUCGUAUUACCACAACCGCCGAUGGCCUUCAUUCGUGGCCGCGAAUCAGUCCAUCGAGAGUCUGACCGUAACUUCGCGUACGUUUAGAGAUGAAGAGUCGGUGCGCGAAAUGUGCGGACAAUUGUCACGAUUAACGCAAUUACGGGAACUGACACUCGGGCUGCCGCUGCGGUCGAUGGUGGCGGUCAACCCAGCGGUGGUGUCCGACUCUUUGCGCACAAUUGGCGUGAAUUGCAAACAAUUGAAACGAUUGGCACUUAAUUUGUGCGCAACCACUGUUCAAGUAUUAUCAUUGGAUUCAUUAAGUGUUUUUCGCCGUCUAAAAUGGUUGCGUUUAGAGGUCUACGCGGCCAUCGAUGACCAGUUGUUGGAACCGUUGAGACACUGCAAGAGAUUAACGCAAUUGGGAUUGAAGUUAAACAAAAUGACACCAAAAGUGAUGACAGAUUUGCAUCAAUACUGUCCACGACUUCACUAUCUAUUCAUUCAUGACUUUAAUAACAUUAUAGACACCGAGUGUUUGUCUCACAUCUCAAGACUACCGGCGCUGCAAACGCUUGUCAUUGAAUGCAAUGCAGACAAUGAUAUGGCACAUGAAGUGAAACACUUGAAGACAUCACUCGAGACCACAGAUGACGGCGAAGAUGUGGACGAAGACAAUCGACAGCCGCAGAUUUACGCCAAGAACUCAAUGGACAGAUUCGGUGAUGAUUUGUGUCAACUUUUAUUGUCUAAUCUCUCACUCGAAGACCGGUUUCAAUGCGAAUGUGUGUCCAAACAGUUCCAGAGGACAGUCUUCGAGAGUGUUGUGAACAUCACUCUUAGCGACCGAUUUAUACAGCGAUUACUUAUUGAGAAAAGAAGUGAUACCGAAAUGUUGGCCAUAAUUGCCAUAAAGUGUCCUAAUAUUCAGACCAUAGACUGUCGAGGAAUAACCAAAGACUACGAGAAACGCGUUCCCGAAGUGUUGGGUAUAUUGAGACAGUAUUGCCGUCAUUUACGGGACAUUUACUGCAACUUGGAUGCGAAUAGCCGUCAAAUGAUGGCCACAUUUGGACCACUGGUCACACGAAUAGAUGCCAUAAACUCGUAUAAAUACAGCAAAGCGGUCACUCAUUGCCACCGAUUGUCACAAUUGCGGAUCCAUUCGUUUGAUAAGAUCUUUGACAUACUUUACGACACAUUUUUUGUUAAAAAUAUACGUAAAUUUGAGUUAAUAUCGCAAUCGUAUGACGACGACCGCCGAUGGCCUCUAUUCGUGGCCGCGAAUCAGUCCAUCGAGAGUCUGGCCGUAAAGUCCUGUUAUUUUAGAGAUGAAGAAUCGGUGCGCGAAAUGUGCGGCCAAUUGUCACGAUUAACACAAUUACGGCAAUUGACACUUGAGUUAACGCUGCGGUCAAACGGCCAGAACCCAGCGGUGGUGACCGACUUUUUGCGCAUAAUUGGCAGGAAUUGCAAACAAUUUAAACGAUUAUCACUUAAU